AUGGAAAAAUCCAAAUUUCUAUUCGAUUCAGUCUUUGAUGAGGAUUUCAGUUUUAAAUCAGUUUAAAGCACUAAGUAUGAGUUUAUAUCGCACGAGGAUUGUGAAAUAUUUUCAAAUCUAAAGGUUCAAAACAAAUCGUUACCUCAGAAUAAUUUCUUCAAUUUGGGUCUGUUAGAAGGAGUGCUAAUCAUAUUUAAAUAUAACCAUGGUGAACCAGUGAAGUAUCUUAAGAAAGAACAAAUAGGCUUAGGAGGAAAUAGUUAAGUUUAUUUGGUUCAGAAAGCGGCUAAAAUAGCUUAAGAGUCAAAAUUAAUUGAUAAAUAUGCUCUAAAAGUUAUUAGAAAAACUUCCAUUCACGAUCCUCUUAGAGAAAUAGCUCAGCUCAAGGAAGAAAUCAUGAUAUAGAGACGUCUUGUACUUUGUGAGACAGCUUUACAGAUCUUAAAGGUAUAUGAGUGUAAAUCUAAACUUUAUUUGCUACUUGAAUAUUAAGAGGGUGGGUCACUCCUUGAUUUGGCAAAAGAAAACGUAUCUAUUACUGAAAGAGAUAUUCAAACAAUAAUGGCCUAGGUAUUACUAGGACUCGAUUUUAUUCACAAGGAAAAUAUUGUUCACAGAGACAUUAAACUUGAAAACAUCCUCUUAAGGACUAAAGAAGAGGGUGUUUAUGAGAUUCGAAUUGCUGACUUUGGACUAGCAAAAGCAAUAAAACCAAAUGAAAACAUUUUUCACAGAUGUGGUACUCCUUCAUAUAUAGCACCAGAAAUUCUGCGAGAUCAAGGUUAUGGAACUAAAGCUGACAUAUUUAGUGUUGGAUCACUUAUGUACAAUUUAGUCUCUGGGAGAUACUUAUUCAGCUAGAGCUCGAAACAAAAUAUCCUGCUUGCAAAUAAAUUAUGUGACAUCACUCACGUUCCUAACGCUAUAAGGAAGUUAUCUAAAUAGGGGCAGGAUCUCUUAAUGAAACUUCUCGAGUCAAAUCCAGCUGUAAGGCUAAACGCCUAACAGGCAUUAAAUCAUCCCUGGUUUUCAUUAGAUAAAGAGGCUCUUUUAGAAGGACUAAGGAUAAAUUGUGAAUUACAUAAUAUCGUCUUAGAAAAAAAAUCAUUCAUUGACUCCUCUUAUUUUAAAGGACAUGUUUAAGAAAAAACUUUUUAAAACCCAUUUUAAGAACCUCAGAUAUAAUUGUAAACAAAUCAGAUUAUUGAAAAAUUGAAUGUAAGGGAUAGAGGACGAAACAAUGGAGGCUACUUAAGGGCAACAACAGUAUAAAUAAGUUACAGUCAAAGCUAAAAAUAUAGAUCUUAGUCAAAAUAGGGAUCAAGAACAGAUGGCCAUAGAAAGAGAACAGGCUCAUUCAGGCCAAAUACUAAUCCUAAUUAGGACUCAUAAAAAAGCAUGAAUCAUUGUCAGAGCCUGACUAUCAAUCGCUAUAAAAAUCAGUCCUCAGCUUAUAAUUGCUAGUUUAAUAUUUAAGAGGAAGAAUCCAAGAAUUCGAACAAUUUAAAAUAAAUUUCAAAGAAUGGUUUAAAGCAAAGUUAAAACAUAGAAAUAUCUCAUGAAGAUAGCUAAAGAAAGUAACCGCAAUAAAGACCAUAAUUAAAACUUCUAGGAGUUGAUAAUCAGAUGAUAGAAUUAUGUGUGUCAAAUGCAUCUAAAUCUCAUAAGUCCUCAUUCAGCAGGAUGAGUAGACAGAGUAAUGUUUCUGACCCUUCAAAUAUCUCAGAUUAUGAAGGAGAUGAAAAAAUCAAUGAGGAAAGGAAUAAAUCUACUAAGAAGUACUUUUGCUAGGUAUAGAACAGUAAGUUUAUGGGAAAUAAAUCUUAGCCAAAGUAAAGGAGGAUUCUAUUUGAUAUAGAAUCACCUCAUUUCAUUUGA